CACCCCACGAUCGUACGAAUACGUAACUCCCUCAUAGAGAUAUUGUUGAAGAUCACUACGGAUAAUCAUACUACAUUCGGAGUAUAGAAGGCUACUGCGAAAAAUGUCAACCAGAGCUGCAAGCCAUGCAGGCUCGUGGUAUUCCUCAGCUCCGGCGACGCUGUCGAGCGAGCUCGAUGGCUGGCUGGCCCAGGUGCCCGACAGCAUCGAUGGCAACAAACUACCUGUUCCAGGCGCGAGAGUGAUUAUUGCGCCUCAUGCCGGCUACUCAUAUUCCGGCCCUGCUGCUGCUUGGGCGUACAAGUCCCUGGACCUCUCAAAGGCCAAACGCAUCUUCCUCCUGGGCCCGUCUCACACCAUGUAUCUGUCCGGCUGCGCGAUUUCCUCACAGGAAUAUUAUGCUACGCCAUUGGGCAACCUCAAGCUAGACCAGGCAACCAUCAAAGAACUUCAAGCAACCUCGAAGUUCGAUGCGUGGAAAGCGAAAACCGAGGAAGCUGAGCACAGUCUUGAGAUGCAUCUCCCCUACAUCUACAAGGUCCUUUCAAACACCUUCAGCUCCCCCGACGACUUCCCUCUGCUCGUCCCAGUCCUCGUUGGCGCUACAUCUGGAUUGACCGAGCGAAGUUAUGGCGAGAUAUUUGCGCCUUACCUCGCUGAUCCAACAUCGGUCUUUGUGGUGAGCUCAGACUUCUGCCACUGGGGCGAAAGGUUCCAGUAUACAUACUACCUCCCCGCAUCACCUUCUGCGAACUCCGAAGGCUACAACCUCAGUCGGCGCGAUAAAACGCCUACAAACCCUUGGAUCCAUGAGAGUAUAGGCAGGAUAGACAAACUGGCCAUGGAUGCCAUUGAAGAAGGGAAACACCAGGGGUUCCUGGACAACUUGAAGGAUACAGGUAACACUGUAUGCGGCCGUCAUCCUAUUGGAGUUGUCAUGGCGGCAUUAGAAGUUCUCGAACAAGAGGGGAAGAUCUCUGCUGAGAAUGGUGGGCGAUUUAAGUUCGUUCGGUAUGAGCGCAGCAGCGACGUGAAGGAUAUCAAGGACUCUUCGGUCAGCUAUGCAUCUGCCGUGGCCAUUCUUUGACGGCCUACAGAUACUCAUCCCCAGAGAUAGAAGGAAUUAUUAAUUUGCUCAUUGAAGUACGCUGAGGCCGAGUCUUUUAAUUAUGUAGAAG